GUAAACACAAUUACGAUUCAUCAUUUGAUGGAAUGGAAUUCGUAUGGAAUUUUUUAGAAUAAUCUGCCAUUGAAAAUAUUACGAAACAACAAUAGUUUUGUGUAAUUGUGUCAAAGUCAUGUUGAUUGAACAUUGCUAUUGCUAAAGGUUGGAUACCUACAAAGAAUAUUUAAUCCGUUCAAAAAGGUACCUGUACACAUUGAAUCGAAGUGUAUAAUGCGCAGAUAUUUCGCAGUGUCCAUUUAGUUUCAUGGGUGAUAGUCAACACAUUCGGCGAGCAGAAGACAUGGCUACUACAAGCACUGCUGUAACCACCGUUUCUCCACAAGUACAAGAGGAGCCCGUUCAACCAAUCGCUGUGAUCACAUUGCGGCCGCCGCGCACGAAAGAGAGAAAGAAAGUGGUAUGGACGGAAGACACUGUCGACAAUGAAGACAUGAACAAGAAAAAGUCCAAAUGUUGCUGUAUAUACGAAAAGCCACGUAAAUUCGACGAGUCUGACUCGGAGUCGAGCGACGACGAGUGCGAGCACUGCUCGGGACACGUGGAGAAGAAGAAGCACAAGCAUCAUCACCAGGAAGCUAGCACGAGCAACGACGCACAGACGAAAACUGUAGAAGAGUCAGAAUCCGAACCCACAGCCACGAUCACAUUGAAGCCGGGUGAACCCUCUGCCCCACCGGACAACCCAGCGAACCCUGAAAAACCCAAGCCUUCCAGCUAAGGUGGAAGGAAACCAUAAAAGGUGUAAAACUCCAAGCAAGUGACAGUGGUGAUUUAUAAUUAAUUGAUUUUAAAGUAUAGACAAUUUUAUUUGGUAAAUGCACAUUUAAAAUUAGCUCCAAUUCAAGAUUUAAAUACAAUGAAUACACCUUUUCACCGCGACUAUUCAAUAGGGUAGUUGCCUGUGUAUAAAAUGUACUUAUAAAUGCAUUCACAUAAUCAAAUGUCACUUUAACUGAUACAUUUUAUUGAUAGUAACAUUCAGUAUUUUUUUGUUGUCAUUAAAAUAUAAUUAAAAUGCUUUUUGACUCCAACAUUUGUAACGUCACUUGUGCCCACUGUCACACAGGCUCCCUUUAUUUAUUUGUUUUCAAAACAUGGGGAAUAUUAUCUUACCUAUCGGUUAGUUGCCACCAAGUAAUACUUAUUUAGACAAGGAUGUGCAACAACUUUACAAGCGGUGGUAGGAUAUAUAUGACACUCGCGUUGAAAUGGUAAAUGAUCCAAAGUUGUUUUAACAAUUUUAAAUGGUUAUUCUGUCAAAUUUGUGACACCGUUGAUCCGAGCCUAUGAAUCAAUUACUUUUGACAAGUUUCCGAUGCCGUGUGGUAAUUGGAAUAUUUCUAAAUCAUUUUGUUAUAUUAUCAUAAAGAUUUCGACAUGGAUGAUCACGUAAUUUUUAGAAAGACUUAACUGUUUAUACUGGAACAAAUUAAAUUGUUAUCCUAUUUGGUAAACUAAAAAGUAUUUUUUGUACAUAUUUAUUCAUUUAUUUAAUUUAAUAUAAAUAACAGUUCUGUAAUAACUCAGGAAUUCUAUAAAAAUUAAUGUGAAAAAAUUUACGUACAUAACUUAUACAUGUGAUAAUGUUGCUUCAGUUUAGUCUAUGGAGUAAACUAAUGUAAUUUUUUAAGGUUUUAAUUUCAAUGCCAUUUACUUAAUUUUAUUUAUAUUUCCAUUAUGAUAAGUAAUUAUUAGGUAUGUAAUAAAUUACACUAUUGUUAAGA